GAGAUUACAAUGCUAUGAGAGAUAGAGCCAUCCUUGCACCUUUAAAUAGAGAUGUUGAUAAUAUCAAUAACGAGAUCAUCCAAAUUAUCCCUGGACAAGAAACAAUUUAUAAAAGUUUUGAUUCAGUAAAAGAUGAACCUGAUGGAGCUCUCAAAUUCCCAACUGAGUUUUUAAACUCAAUUGAAAUAUCAGAUUUACCACCUCAUGAACUCCGACUAAAAAACAACGUCGUUAUAAUGUUACUCAGAAACCUAGACGUGACGGAGGGUUUAUGCAAUGGCACAAGACUGAUUGUCACGGAGUUGUGUCCGAACAUUAUUAAGGCUAAAAUAAUUACUGGCAGUCAUUCUGGUCGAGAUGUACACAUUCCAAGAGUCACUCUUGAUUCGAGCAAGUGUCAACUCGGAUGUUCGCUGCAAAGACAUCAGUUUCCAGUUCGACCAGCUUUUGCUAUGACCAUCCAUAAGUCUCAAGGCCAAACCUUUCAGUCUGUUGGUGUUGUGUUAAACAACCCCGUAUUCAUGCAUGGGAUGCUCUAUGUAGCUUUCUCCAGAGUACGAACAAGAAACUCUUUAAAAGUUGUUUUGCCAUCUAGAGACAGAAAAUUAACUAAAAACGUUGUUUGGAUGGAAAUAUUCAGAUGAACAAUAUUGAAAAUGUUAGUUCAUUUUGGUCUAUGUAAUUAAUAUUUAAAUUUGUACCAUAAUAACUAGCUUACCUUACUUGAAAUUAUUUAGUUUGGAUUAAAUAGUUUGUUGACUUAAUUGUCGAUAAUCUGAAGAAUAUAGUCAAAUUAGAAUCUAGAGCAGAGGUAAAAUAUGUAAUUGUAUUAUAUCCUAUUUUACCACAGUUGAAUGCUUAUCACCAUUACAUUUUUAUAGUUUAAAAUUGGU